AUGAAGUUUAUAACUAUUGGCGCCAAGGCCAGCUGGCUGAACACGCUGAACCUGCGCACCACGGGCCGGGCCGAUGCCAGUACAGGCCGGGCCGAUGCCACUGCGGGCGACACCGAGCUGCCGGGCCCUGCGGCGGGCGGGCGGGCGGGCGCGAGGACCCCGGUCUGGGCGCCCGGCCCCGCGGCCUCGGAGCUGCCGGCUGAGCGCACGGCCCGGGGGCGACCCGGGGUCGGCGUGGCCGCGGUGGGGCGCGCGCGCUGCGGCCGGGGCCUGGCGCUGGGCUGCGCGCUGGCGGCGCUGGGCCUGGCCUCGCUGGCGCUGGCCCGCCGCGCGCUGCGGCACCUGCUGCGCUGGGCCGAGGGCCUGCCGCCGCCGCUGGGCCCGCUGCUCUUCGCGCUGGGCUUCGUGGCGGUGUCCUUCCCCUGCGCCUGGGGCUACCUGGCGCUCAGCGUGGCCGCCGGCUACCUGUACGGCUUCGCGCCGGGCCUGGCGCUCGUGGCGGCGGGCGCGCUGCUCGGCACCGGCCUGGCGCACGUGGUCUGCCGGCGGCUGCUGGCGGCGCGCGUGGCUGCCCGGGUGCGAGGCAGCGAGCGGCUCAGCGCCGUCGUGCGCGUGGUGCAGGGCGCCGGCGGCCUCAAGGUGGUGGCGCUGGCCCGGCUGACGCCCAUCCCGUUCGGGCUGCAGAACGCGGUGUUCUCGAUGACCGAGCUCCCCUUACCCAGCUACCUGCUGGCGUCCUCGGCAGGGCUGCUGCCCACCCAGCUCCUGAACUCCUACCUGGGCACCACUCUGCGGACCAUGGAAGAUGUCAUUGCCGAGCAGACGGUGAGCGGAUAUGUGGUGUUUUGUUUACAGGUUGUCGUCAGCGUCGGCCUCAUGUUCUACGUGGUCCAUCGAGCGCAAGGGGAGCUGAAGGCGGCGCUGGUCGCCUGUGAGGUGGAGCUGGAAGCUCCGCUGGUGAGCGGUGGGCAGCCGGACGGCGGCGUCGACGUCGUGUGACCCCCCUAAGCGGGGCCCCCUGAGCACAUGCUUGUCAGGAGCCUGGUGCUGUCUGGGUGUCGUCCCCCCCGCCCCGGGCAGAGCCAGGCCGAAGGUCAUGGCACAAACAGAAGGACUGGUUUCAACGGCUCUGCUUCUCCGCGGCGGGAAUCUGUGCGCGGCCAGUGGCCGGGUCGGGCUGCACGGUGACCCGUCACCCCGCGGAGCCUUCGGUCUGCGCUUUUGUGGUGUCUUCUCUCCGGGACUGAGCAGGAAGGACCCAGCGUGUGCUGGUCGGCCCUGUUUAGGAAGCCCGGGAGCGGUCUGCGUCUGUCCUGCUCGCAGGGCAGUCAGCGGCGCCGUUCUCCGUGUGCGUGCCCUUUUCAGAAAGGGGGAGCGGAGGUGGUUUGUUGGGUUUUGUUGUGAGCGGGGCCACCUGCUUCCCAGUCUCUUCGUGGUUAGAGGCAGACGCUGACUCUGGGCUGACCGUGUCCCGCCAGCAGCGCCGUGGCGUGUGUGCCGGUCACGCGCGGGGUCCCCGUCGAGGCUGAAGUGCUCUUACCACCCCGGGCGGCGCCGGAGCCAGAGGCUGACGGGUCAGCGCCGACCGGGGGUCGCUGUGCGCUCCCACUCCUCCGAGGCUCCUCCUCCAAGGCCGUCGCGCGCAGUUUACCCAACCAUUUCAUUAAACACUUCCUUUUUAUAGUCAUCCUUAGGUUUUGAAAUAAAAAUGAUUUCCCUUUAAAAUGGUGGGCUUGCCGUCAUUGAAGAUGUCACUCAGGUGGCCUUAUUGAAUCAAAACGCCUUUUUUUAAAAACAAGCUUUAAACCGUGUGUGUGAUUCCACUGUGGUGGUCAUUGUCUGCAGCUUUAAGACCGUAAAUACGAGGUGAAGGUAGCCCAGCCGUGUGCCAUGGCCUGCUGCCGAGCAGGCUUGCUCUGCUUCCCCGUGGCUUCUCUCUGAUCAGACUCAGGGCCCUGAACUGUGGACGGUGCUGUGAGCCCUCGCGGUGCCGCGCCCGAGCUCCCUGGGCUCAGGGCCCGUGCCCUCACGCACCACCUGACUUCUGUAGUUUAGUUUGUGAAUUUAAAGAGUCGGUAUUGUGGUUUCUUUUCCUUUUUACAACCAAGAUUACAGGUGGGAUCCAGGUUUUCUGGUUUGCAUCUCGGUUUGGCAAGAAGAUUCCAACCCAGAGACUCCCACUUGCCUGGCCAUUGGCUGGAGACGGGGGAAGUGUCUUCAGAAGCAGAGGCGUCCUGUCCUGCGCUGAGCGUGCUCAGUGGUAAGUUCUCUGUGCGAGGGCAGGCGCGGCGUUCUUCCUUCCUCCCAGCACCUCGCGCUCUCGCCUGCAAGGAACGGGGCUCGGCAUCUGCCCGGGGCCUCAGCGCAGCCAGCGGGCACGCGGGCAGCCUCCACAUCGUCUAUCGAUAGAGAAAAUGCGUAGAUUGGAAUAUUCUUAUUCUUUUUUGAAUCCUAAUUACUUGUUUAGUUCUCUGUUUUGUUUGUUUUUAGUGAUUUUACAAUGAGCAAUACACUUGGUCCAUGUCUAACUUGACUUUCCUUGUGCUCCUCGUCGGUUGGUUUGCUGAAGGAACCAUUCAUUGAAGGUCAUUGCUCUCACACUGUGCACUUGCUGUAUUUUGAAGUGCAUUUAUUUACUUAGCAUCUCAUAACUUGAAUAAUUUCCCCAAACAUAAACCUUUUGGUAGUUCGUAACCAGCUCUUCCAACUGUUGCUUGGCACCUCGAAUAAACAUGUCAAGGUGAACAAGAAGUGAUUCUCUGUAUGCUGCCAAUCAUUUUAUAUAAUAAA